AUGGCGUCUGUCAAUUUCCCUUACUCGAAGGCGCAGUUGCGCACAAUUAAGGAAAUACAGUUUGGCCUUCUUUCGCCGGAGGAGAUCAAAAGGAUGAGCGUUGUCCAUGUUGAGUACCCGGAGACUAUGGAUGAGCAACGACAGCGCCCACGAGAGAAAGGUCUAAAUGACCCUCGUCUUGGCACCAUUGAUCGAAAUUGGCGCUGCGCUACCUGUGAAGAAGGGAUCAAUGAUUGCCCUGGACAUUUUGGUCAUAUCGAGCUAUCUACUCCUGUGUUCCAUAUUGGUUUCCUGACUAAGAUCAAGAAACUGUUGGAAACUGUUUGCCACAACUGUGGAAAGAUCAAGGCAAAUACGACCGAUCAAAAGUAUUUGGAAGCGCUCCGUUUCCGCGAUCCAAAGAGACGUUUUGAUGCGAUUUGGCGUUUGUCAAAAGAUGUCUUGAUUUGCGAAGCUGACCCUAGUCCCGAUGAUGACGAACCGUUCGCCAAAGAACCUUCCAAGCCUGUGCGCUCCCAUGGUGGUUGCGGAAAUAUACAACCUCAAAUACGUAAGGAGGGAAUUAGUUUGGUUGGGACCUGGAAACCUAGCAAGAAUCGUGAUAUGAUGGAUGAUAUGGAUGUACAACAACCAGAGAAAAGACAGAUUACUCCACAGAUGGCCCUCAACAUAUUCAAGACCAUCUCGGAAGAAGAUGUUCGUUUGAUGGGGUUGAGCAAUGAUUAUGCAAGGCCUGAGUGGAUGAUUAUCACAGUUCUUCCCGUACCUCCACCUCCAGUUCGUCCCAGUGUUCUAAUCGGCGGGAGUGGAAGCGGUCAGCGUGGAGAAGACGACUUGACAUAUAAACUGGCAGAGAUUGUGCGCGCGAAUCAGAAUGUCACCCGAUGCGAACAGGAAGGAUCUCCUGAGCACGUGGUCCGUGAAUUUGAGUCUCUUUUGCAAUAUCAUGUUGCAACCUACAUGGACAAUGAUAUUGCCGGACAGCCACAAGCUAUGCAAAAGUCUAACCGACCUGUCAAAGCUAUCCGUGGCCGCUUAAAGGGUAAAGAAGGUCGCCUGCGUCAGAACUUGAUGGGCAAACGUGUCGAUUUUUCCGCACGUACGGUUAUUACUGGUGACCCGAAUUUGUCUUUGGAUGAAGUUGGAGUUCCAAUCAGCAUUGCACAAACUUUAACUUACCCCGAGGUCGUCACUCCUUUCAAUAUCGCCAAGCUAGGUGAGCUUGUGGAUAACGGCCCUGAUAUUCACCCUGGUGCCCGUUAUGUUAUUCGCAGCACUGGUGAACGCAUUGACUUGCGCCAUCAUAAGGGUGGAGGUGGGAGGAACUUCCUACAGUAUGGAUGGAGAGUGGAGCGUCAUAUCGUGGAUGGCGAUGUCAUCCUAUUCAAUCGGCAACCGUCCUUGCACAAGGAAUCUAUGAUGGGCCACCGUAUUCGUGUGAUGCCCUACUCGACUUUCCGACUAAAUCUGUCUGUCACUACACCUUACAACGCCGAUUUCGACGGUGAUGAAAUGAACUUGCAUGUUCCCCAAAGCGAAGAGGCUCGCGCUGAACUCAGUCAACUUUGUAUGGUACCAUUGCAGAUUGUAUCCCCUCAACGAAACGGUCCGUUGAUGGGUAUUGUCCAGGAUACUCUUUGUGGAAUCUACAAAAUCUGCCGUCGUGAUGUUUUCUUAACGAAAGAGCAGGUCAUGAAUAUUCUACUCUGGGUCCCUGAUUGGGACGGCGUAAUACCCCAGCCCGCAAUUUUGAAACCCCGGCCUAGAUGGACUGGAAAACAAAUGAUCAGUAUGGUCCUUCCUCCUGGUCUCAACCUCCUCCGGGUUGAUCGAGACAAGGCACCUCUUUCUGAGAAAUUCUCCCCUCUAGCUGAUGGUGGACUGUUAGUGCACGGUGGCGAACUUAUGUACGGAAUGUUUUCCAAGAAGACAGUUGGAGCCACAGGGGGGGGUGUCAUUCAUACUAUCUUCAAUGAGUAUGGGCCUGAGACGGCGAUGAAUUUCUUCAAUGGCGCCCAAACUGUAGUCAACUAUUGGCUGCUCCACCACGGCUUCAGUAUUGGAAUUGGUGAUACAAUUCCAGACCUAGCUACAAUCGAAAAGAUUGAGGAAGCAGUUCGUGUGAGAAAGGAGGAAGUCGAUGAGAUCACAGCUAGUGCAACCGACAACACCCUAGAGCCUUUGCCAGGUAUGAAUGUCCGUGAGACCUUUGAGAGCAAAGUAUCUCGCGCCCUUAACAAUGCCCGUGAUGAAGCCGGAACGGAGACCGAAAAAAGCUUCAAGGACUUGAACAACGCUGUCCAGAUGGCCCGUUCUGGUUCAAAGGGCUCGAUCAUCAACAUUUCUCAAAUGACUGCGGUUGUCGGCCAGCAAUCUGUCGAAGGCAAACGUAUUCCAUUCGGUUUCAAAUAUCGUACCUUGCCACAUUUCACAAAGGAUGAUUAUUCGCCAGAGUCUCGUGGCUUCGUCGAAAAUUCGUAUCUCCGUGGUCUAACCCCGACUGAAUUCUUCUUCCAUGCUAUGGCUGGUCGUGAAGGUCUUAUUGACACUGCCGUCAAGACAGCUGAAACUGGAUAUAUCCAGCGGAAGCUUGUCAAGGCUCUUGAAGAGGUCAUGGUUAAAUACGAUGGUACUGUGCGUAACUCGCUGGGGGAUGUUGUACAGUUCCUUUACGGAGAAGACGGUUUGGAUGGCGCACAUAUUGAAAAUCAACGCGUUGAUAUUAUCAAAUGCUCGGACGAAAGAUUCCGUGAUAGAUAUCGAGUCGAUCUGAUGGAUCCUGACAGAACUCUAUCUCCCAAUGUAUUGGAGCAAGCCACGGAAAUUGCUGGCGAUAUCGAGGUACAGAAGUAUCUUGACGAAGAAUGGGAGCAGCUCCUGAAGGACCGUGCUUUCAUGCGUAGCGUUGCCAAAGAGGACGAAGAAAUGAUGCAAUUGCCAAUUAAUGUUCAGCGUAUUCUCGAGUCGGCAAAAACUAUAUUUAGAAUUAGAGAAGGCGCCAUUAGCGACUUGCAUCCUGCAGAGGUCAUACCUCAAGUCAGAGCGAUGUUGGAACGCCUUGUCGUUGUUCGUGGUGACGAUGUGAUUUCCCGCGAAGCACAAGAAAGUGCCACAUUGCUCUUCAAGGCACAGCUCCGUUCCCGCCUUGCAUUCCGUAGACUCGUUGUGGAAUAUUCACUUAACAGACUCGCAUUCCAGCACGUAUUGGGUGCUAUUGAAAGUCGAUUCUCCAAGGCGAUGGCGAACCCUGGUGAAAUGGUUGGUGUUUUGGCUGCACAAUCAAUUGGAGAGCCAGCAACACAGAUGACCCUGAAUACUUUCCAUUUUGCUGGUGUCUCGUCCAAGAACGUCACCCUUGGUGUGCCUCGUUUGAAGGAAAUUCUCAAUGUUGCCACUAAUAUCAAAACCCCUUCUAUGACUGUCUAUCAAGACCCUAGUCGCGCCAUGGACAAGGAAUCUGUCAAACAACUCCGUAGUGUUGUUGAGCAUACCAGUUUGAGGUCGGUUACAGAAACAACAGAGAUCUACUACGAUCCCGAUAUCCAAUCUACCGUGAUUGAAGCGGACCGCGACAUGGUUGAAUCAUACUUCAUUAUCCCUGAAGAUGUCGCAGAUGAUUCGAGCCGUCAAUCCAAAUGGUUACUUAGAAUCAUUCUUAGCCGGCCGAAGCUCCUGGACAAAAGUCUUACGGUUCAAGAUGUUGCAAUGAAAAUCAAAGACGCUUAUCCGCAAGAUAUUGCGGUUAUAUUUAGCGAUAAUAACGCUGAUGAGCAGGUCAUUCGUAUUCGACAAAUUCAAGACUCUAAGCAGGAUGACGAUGAUGAUGACACCGAAUAUGACGUGACACUAAAGAAGCUGGAAAGUCAUUUGCUUGAUACCCUUACUUUACGAGGGGUGGCUGGCAUUGAACGUGCUUUCAUCAAUGAGAAAUCGAGAGUUCGCGUCUUAGAGGAUGGAUCUCUGCAUCAAAGCGCUGAUGACCCUCUAUGUAAGGAGUGGGUUCUAGAAACCAGUGGAUCGGCACUCGGCGAAGUCUUGACCAUCCCUGGCGUGGAUACAACUCGCACGUAUUCUAACCAGUUCAUUGAGAUUCUGGAAGUAUUCGGUAUCGAAGCUACUCGUACUGCACUUUUGCGAGAGUUAACCCAGGUGCUUGCUUUUGAUGGAUCGUACGUCAAUCAUCGUCAUUUGGCCCUCCUUGUCGAUGUUAUGACUUCACGAGGCUUCCUUAUGGCAGUAACUAGACAUGGUAUCAACCGUGCUGAUACUGGUGCUUUGAUGCGAUGUUCAUUUGAGGAAACAGUGGAGAUUCUACUUGAUGCCGCUGCAUUUGCAGAGUUAGAUGACUGCCGUGGGGUAUCUGAGAACCUGAUCUUGGGACAGAUGGCACCAGCUGGAACUGGGGAGUUUGAUGUCUACCUUGAUCAGGAUAUGCUUAUGGGAGUCGUUUCGAGCAACGCUGGUCUAAUGGCGGCAGAUGGCAAAGGAUUACUCAGUGAUGGAGCUGCCACACCUUAUGAUAGCAGCUCCCCAUUGCAGGACAACAUGUACAUUGGCACACCAGACCCUGACUCCAAUUUCUCACCUAUCAGACAAGCUGGAUCUGAGACCCCUGCAGGGUUCACUGAAUAUCAGCCUUCCGGAUUUAGUGGUGGUUUUAGCCCUCAUGGCGCGAGAAGCCCCGGUGGAGGCUAUUCGCCUAGCAGUCCUUUCAAUACCAGCCCGACCUCUCCUCGCUAUUCUCCAUCCUCUGGGUACUCUCCAACCUCUCCUGGUAUGAGCAUUACGAGUCCUCGAUUCAUGUCCUCUCCUGGGUUUUCGCCAGCCAGUCCAGCUUUCGCGCCAACUUCGCCUGCCUAUUCGCCAACCUCUCCGAGCUAUCAACAAUCACCGACUUCGCCAUCGUAUUCGCCUACGUCUCCUGGUUUCUCUCCCACGUCACCUAGUUACAGUCCAACGUCUCCCAGUUUUAGCCCUGCUUCUCCUGCUUUUAGCCCUACUUCUCCUAGUUAUAGCCCUACAAGUCCUGCGCUCGGAGUUUCGACUGGCAGACACCUUUCUCCAACUUCCCCUACCUCUCCUAAAUAUACUCCUACUUCCCCUGGUUGGUCUCCAACCAGUCCAGAGACCUACUCACCCACCUCACCCAACUUCUCUGGCUCACCAACUUCUCCGGGAGGUCCAACAUCCCCUGGCUACAGCCCGACCUCCCCCACUUUCAACCCUAUAUCUCCACGCCAGUAG